UCUAUAAUGAGAUGUGGGUUGUAAACAAAGUUUGGCAUGUGAUUAGAAGACGAAGUUAUUGCGAUGGAUGAUAUUUUAAACGAAGUUAAGGAACUGUCAGUUGCAGAUUUAAGGAGUAAAUUGCUAGAAGUAGGAGAAAAAGUUGGACCAAUCACUGCCACGACACAAAACUUGUUUCAAAAACGUCUAGCAAAACGAUUGUACCAGAUACAGCAUCCAGAACUAUCUACCAGUGAAGCAAAGGAAAAAGAUGUAGUGAAUAAUAACGCUAUACCAGACAAUGUAAAUUCAGAGAAGAUUGUAGCUAAAGUGAAGGAUACAGAAGAUUCUAAAACAUCCGAUGUUCCGCCUGUAUUCUUCGGGGUCUGUCUUCCACAAGGUGUAGACAAGAAAGAAACAGAAGAUGAAGAAUUGGUAUUCAAAGACAAAGCUCAGGCCCUACAGGCUGUCAAAAAGUAUGCUGGUGCCAGGUUUAAAGUGUUCAAAUCAAGACAAGAUGCCAGGCUUUUCAGUCAGUCUUCAGCUGAUGAACCUUCACCAUCACCAUGGAAACCUUCAUCACCAAAGGCAACAGAUGGAUUUAUAUCAACAAUGGGCACAGGAGUAUCAUUUGAAAGCUCACCAUACAAAGCUCCUAAAGUACAGGAGAUUUCAAAGUUUAGAUUAGCUAUAGAGCAAGGAGAUACCACAACCAUAGAAACACUGGUGUGGGAAAAUCCAAGGUUUCUUAUCAGUAGUGCCGAUACACCACUAAUUAUACAGGAAGGACCAAGAUACAAUGCUUUACACGUAGCAGCCAAGAGUAACCAGCCACAAGUAUGUCAGCUGAUACUGGAUAUCUUAGAAGAUCCAAGCUUCCUUGAUAAGCUCUAUGGACACACUAAAGAAACUGAGUGUACCAGGACAGAUAGAAUGAACUUUGUUGUUGAUUUGUAUCUCAACACUCCUGAUAAAGGGUGUUGUGAAUCUCCUCUACAUUUUGCCUGUAAGUUUGGAUACACAGAUGUGGUAGCAGUCCUGGCUUCUCAUCCAAAAGUUGACAAAAUUCUAAAGAACAAAUAUGCAGAAACUCCAAGAGAUGUAAUAUGCACCAGAUUAAAAACUCCUACACAAGAUCAGAAAGCUGAGAUAAGAGAUUUACUAGAAGGCCAGUUUUAUGUUCCAUUACUGAGAGCAGAAGAUAAUUCUACUCAGCCUCUUAUUGGCCAGCCUUGGUCACCUGACAGUUCCAAGGUGCCUUUGAAUGUAGCUACUGGUACCUGGAGUCCAAAAGAUCCUCUUAUGGCUGUCAAGGCUUGUGCUGGUCCCAUGACACCAUCUAAGGCAGUGUUAUUUCACAAGAGAUGGAUGACUCCACCAUCUGGUAGUCCAGACCAUGUCAAACAGAAAUUUGUCUUCACAAAACGAGAGGAUAGUGAUAAAGGUGUGGAGAGAAUAGGAAGAGAGAUAGCACAUGAGUACCAGAUACCAUGGGUAGAAUACUGGAGCUUCUUACAAACCUAUGCUGAUCUUACUACAGAAGAUGGCCUUGAUCUUUUUGAAGAUUUUCUACAUAGACAAAGUUUAGGACUGUGUAUUGCUGAAAAGAUAGAUAAAAUAGAAGUAAAGUCUGAUACGGAGGAUAGUUUUAUUACAGCCAAUCAGAGCAGUAACCCUAUGAACUCAUCAUUUUUAAAUUCUUCGUUAUUUCAGUCAAUAAAUGGUUCAUUAGGUCAACGCAGUAUAUCCCCUCAGAUUCUUGAGGAAAAUAGCUUCUUAUGUAAAGGACUUCCAAAAACCAGUUCUCCAUUAAAUACAUCUGAAAUGGAGGAAAGUUUGCAUUUGCCCAAGCAUAACAUUUAUGAUUAUGGUAAAAAUUACAUGACAUGGUCGAUGGACAGUAGUGAUUUUAUGCAGGAAAGUUUCAGUGCAUCUUCGAGUCCAAUGGGAUGCUUGACUGCUUUGUUUUCUAAACUUUCAUUGUUAGACAGAUCAAUUAGGCAGAAGAGAAGAUCUGUUAGUUGUAAUUCCUGUAUUGGAGACCGUUCUGCCUCCUCCCCUCAUGAGAAGAAUGGUUCAAAACCUUACAAUUCACCGCCAAGGGGGAUGGAUCCGAUUUCCGAAAAUUAUGAAAAGCGAGAUAUUAAUAAGAACAUAGAACUCUGUGAGAAGAAACCAGAAGAAAAUUAUUGUAAUGGAAGUGUUCCAAAUAGGGUUUGUGAUGAUAUUGCUGAAGAAAAUUCUUCUGAUGAAAAUACCGACAGGAGCCAGUCUCCAGCUUCAGCUAACCAAUUUGAAGAUAAAAAUGUUUCCUUGUGGAGAGAUAAGGCCAAUGAUAGUAAUUCCUCGUCAUUAUCAUCUCUCAGUGAUGAGGGCUCAAAGUUAGAGACAUGUGACGUGGAUGAAAAUGUUCAAAUGGUUGAAAAUGACAUAAAACAAGAAAAGAAAGAUGUAAUUAUAGAAUCUAAGUUUAAUCUGGAAGAAAAAGUAACAUGUGAACCAAAAAAUGACUCAAACUCUAAAAACAAAGGUUUAGAAACUGGAGCAUCAAAUGUUGAUGACUUGACGGAUAAAUUUGAUCAGAAAGUGUGUGUUAGCGAUGUUGCUACCUCAGAAUGCUCUCAAACUCCAGAAAGAAAACGGAGAACAAGUGGUAAAGAAAAGCCUACGUAUGUUCACUUAGAUAUUGUUUUUGAAAUGAAUAAGAACAAAACUCCCGAGAAUAUCUUUGAAGCCAUGUUUGAAGCUGUGAAUGAAAGACGGAAAUCAAAUAUGAAUUUAGAGGAAAUGGAUUUUAUGAAAUUCAGUGAUGAUGUUUGGAAUCGAGACUUUGUUAUUGAUUAUGAUUUGACCCAAUCCGACCUUCGUGAAGGACAAGAAAUACAUGCCACUGUGGCUGUUGUGCCAUUAAACAUGAAUCUAAAUGAGAUGAAAGUUUUUCCCAGAGUUCCAUUCAAACUGACUUCCUGUGAAUAUUUGAAUACUGCUGAAGUUAAUUUUGCCGAUUCCAUUGUGAUUGUUAAUUUGAAGUUUCAUUUCGUCAGAGAACAGAUGAAGCAAGCUCUUCUGGUUAGGAAUUGUUUUUAUCAAAGGAGUUAUUUUAUCAAUGGUCCAUUACCAACAAAGACCGACCUUGAUGCCCACAGAGCUAUGGAUGAUCACCCCAUCAAUAAAACAGAUUAUCCUUAUAUACAUCGAUGGAGGUCAUUGAUUUCUGCCAGGAUGUCAGAAAUAGGCAAUGAGUGGCCAAGUCCUGCCAGAGUUCAUCAGUAUUCCAAUCUAUCAUCGAGUUUCCCACAGAUUACUACACCCCGAAUGAAUGACAGUUCUUUGUUGUUUCGUAGUCCCCGUGCACCACUCAACAAGAUGACCACGACAUGGACUUUACCCAAUGUCAGAACAAAGCUGUUUAAUGGGUCAUCAAAGGAAUAGGAGAAUUGUUACCCUUGAUAUCAAACCAUUAUCAAAUCUCAAAGGACUUUCCAGUUCAAGGCUAAGACUUCAUGUUAUUACAUUGUCUUAGAUAAGCUUUCAACAUAGUCCCUUGCUUACUCACAAGACUGUUAAAACUCUGGUAGUAAAUAAUACUUGCACUGGGGUAUACCAGUUGUGUGCCAACUUGACAUGUGUUGAAGUUCAAACACUGUUAUACUGGUGAAUACUGUUAAACAUCUUGGUGAAGCUUUGCUUAGUAGAUAGAAAAAUUGUAUUUUCAAUUUAUUCCAGGGAGUCAAUACUUAUAAAGGACAAUACGGUUAUCUUUAUAAAUGAUAUUAUUUACAUGUUGAUAAUGGGAGAAAGAUCAUAUAUAUAUAUAUAUAUGUUCUACAUUUACUUAACAUGUUUUUUUCAUGAAUAUGAUACAAGUCAUUGGAUAAUUUCAUUGGUAGAUUUAACUUUGUACAUACAUCAUUAUACAUCUUGUAGUGCAAUAUAAAUAUUAUUACAGAGGUUGUUACUUAUAAAAUAACUUGUUCAAGAAUUCUAAGUACAGUCAAACCUACCUUAACGGUCACCUCGUUUCAGCGGUCACCUGCCUCUAGCGGUCACUUUCAGACCCUCCCAAAUGUUUUCUCUAUAUAAUUUAACUCUUUUCAGCAGUCACCUGUCUUACGUAGUCAGCGGUCACCUAAUUUUCGCACGAAAUCGUCAUUUCAACUUUUAACAAAGGUCCUUUUUAUGUUUUUAACAACCAAAAUAUAAUCAUGACGAAAAAUAUUUGUGUUCAGUUUAGAGGUCAAAAUGAGAUUUGGAACCUGUUUGUAACAGAGAUCGCACAAUAGGGGGGGAAUUUGUGAAUUUCUCAUGUUCCACUCCUUUCAGUUUCCAUUGUAAACCGUAUCAUCAACUCAUUUAUCCACAAAUAUUAACUAUUUAGAAUCUUUUCUUCAAAUUUAGAGUGCCAGAAACUGCCAUUUUUUAUAUGUCUGCUUGCACGAACGAUAACUCUACCAAUUGAAAACACUUAAACAAUAUGCCCCAAUCCCGUCCACAUGCGAUGUCGGAAUCAAAUUUUUUUUCUGAACCUCAUUUAAAAGGUCACCUCUCUUGAACGUUCAUUUUUGUUACUUCCCAUGAACGACUGCUUAAUACAGGUUUGACUGUGUAGAAAAUGUUAAAUGCGUCUCAGAAAAACACAAUUGCACAUGGCACAUGAGUAAACUAUUAGUGUUGUUCAGAAAUGAGUUGAAUAUUUUUUGUUAGUUGAAUUCUUGGAUUAGUUAUUCUUUUUAUUACAUUGACCAUGGAUUUUUAGAUUGAAUUAAAUAGAAAACGCAAGAGACAAUAUAUAUGUUCUAUGCAUACUCAAUUUAUUUUGAUUCAAAGUUGUUGACAAUGUGUCGACAACAUCAUUUGUUUUAUGACUUCAGAGGAGCAAAAUUAUCAGAGUUAUUUCACAUGUGAAAUUAUAGGUUUUUAUUUUACUUGGAAAUUAAUAUUCUGAUUAAUAUAUGGUUAAAUUUUCGAACUUUUUCAAUGGAUGAAAUUUGAUUAUGACAUGAAAUUUCCAUGUUGUUCUCAUUUUGUUUUCUAAAAUUGCAAGAAAAGAAAGCAAUGUCAGACUGAAAGAUUAUAAUUUUCUGCAAAUCUCAAGAAAUAUCGUCAAAAUUUGUUUAUUUAUCAUGAUAAAAUCAGGAAAGAAACAGAUGAUGUUUCUGCAUUAGAUUUAAUAUUUGUCUAAUUUUUGUGCUAUUUUCAUAUUUCUUGAGCGGUGUGAGAAAAAUAUUUCUCCUCACUAGUGAAAUAUCUGUUCUCAGCAAAUGAUUGGUCGAAAUCUAAUUAUGAUGUUAAAUUUUUCUUGAUUUCUUCUGAAUUUCCUAUUGUGACGUCAUGAAAAAAGGCAACCAUGCCUGAUGACGUCACGUAUAAAGAACACAACUUUCUGCAAAUCUUUGAAAAGGAAGGAUUAAAAUCAUCAGAGAAACAGAUUCCACCACUAUAACACUUUUAUUACGAUUUUUCUCCACUCUCAACAGCUAAAUUUAAAUAUUUAAAAAGCUUGGCAAGCCUCGCGCUUUAAAUAUUAAUAUUCAACUGUCUCGAGUGGAGAAAUAUCUUAACACACUUAUUGCAGUGAUGGAAUCUAUAUUUCUACAUUCUUGAAAAAUAUCCAAUAUUUAAAAUGCUCUCAUGUUUUGAAAUGUAAAAAUUGAAAUGUCUUUGUUGGAGAAAAAUAGAUUUCACUGGAUGCAGUGGUAUUUAAUAUAUCCGGUAAUUCCUCUUAAUUUUCAAAGAUACAUCUGAAGCUACUAUGUCCCAUGUAUGUAGAAGAUAGAUUCUGAGGUUUAUUUAGUUAUCUGAAUUUGACCAAAGAUAUCAGCACAGAAGAAUGUGACUACUAAGAAAACUGAAAAAGGGCACAUAAAACAGAGGAGUAAAUGACUUUAUAAGCAAAAGCCCUCUGGGAAGAGGUUUAUUUUACUGACUUAGAUAGAAAAUAUUUACAAGGCUCUUUAUACACUGAUUUAUUAUACAGAUGGUGAUGGUACAACAAUUUUGACUGUAGAAUAAUGUCAUUAACACUUCUUGGAAUAGAAAUUCCUGUGUAAAAAGUCAUUAAAUUUAAUUGAGUAAAUGUGAUACAUUGUUGCUUUUUGUUUGUAUUUCACAUGGAAGUGCUUUAAUUGUGCAACCACAAUUUUCAUUUCAGAGAGAAUUAUCAGUUUUGUUAGAUAAUAUGUGCCUGUAUUUGUUAUAAAAUAUUUAAUUUUAGUUGAAAGCUCAAUUGCCUAUUGUCAUACCAAAUAAUGCUUCAUAUUUCUUUUCUAAAUACAGUUAUCAGGUAUAAAACAAGUUAUAAUGGAAUACAGAGAUUUUUUAUACCCCGCUUUAAAAACGUAGGGGUAUACUGUUUUACCUUUGUCUGUCCGUCAGUCCGUCUGUCCAUCCAUCAGUCCGUCCAUCUGUCCCAUGAAUAUUUUUCGCCGCGUCUUUCUCAGGAUCUCUAUCAUAAGGAUUUCUGAAAUUUGGUUUCAGGGUUUAUAUAAGUCAGCUAUACCGUGUGAUGCGUUUUCAGAUUCAUCACUCAACAACUUCCUGUUUACCGAACACUUACAUAUUUUUACACAAUUAAAAUUAUCCAGUUGCGGUUGGAGUAUCGUCAGUGAGCAGUAGCUUGCAGUUUUACUUGUUGAAAAUAUUUUACAAAUAUGAAUAAUCUUUUCAAAUUACAUUAUCUAUAUUUGUUGAAGGUAUAGAUUUGUUUUUUUAUUCUCAAUUUUUUUUUCCUAAGAUAAACCUGAUUUAUUUCUGUUAAUGGCAAUGUUUGUACAUUUUUCAUUGAAGACAAUACCUAAUACCUGUGGAACUUUAUUAUUAUACAUGUAGUUUUUAUAUUCAGAUAUAGUAGAUUAUUUAAAUUUAUAAUGAACAAUAAACAUUAAAUAAGAUAUUUAGAAAAAUAUAUAUAUGAGAAUGUUUAGGCAUACCCCUACCUAAAACAAGGAUAUCCAUAUUUUUUUUUUGAAAUCAAGGUAGAUGGGGUGUAAAUUAAAACCAAUGAAAUUUUAGAUGUUUUGCAAAAAUGAAGUAUAUGUCAUGCUUCUUUUCAUAAAUAUAUUAAAAGGUUUUUUUUUCUAGCUACAAGCUGUGCAAUAUUGUCAUAUUUUAUAAACAUUAUACAAGGUUAAACCACUUUUGUGUUAAAAGAAAGAAAACUUAAUGAUAGAAUUCUAUAUAAAAUAUGAGAAGAUAGGUUUUAUAAUGUGCUUUCAGAAAAUAAGAAUAAAAAGUAGGGUCACUGCACUCAUUUUCAAGCUGUAAAGUAAGAAAUAUAAAAAUUACUGCACAUUCCUUAUAAAUUAUACUAUCUGAGUUAUCUUCCAUGAACAAAAUUUGAAUCUCACAAUAUCUAAUCUAUGUAUGUAAAUUUACUCAUAAUGAAUAGAGUAACCACAUAGUUUUCUUCAUCUAGAUAAAAAGUCUUACAAAUGAACUGCAUUCCUGUCUCAAUAUGCAUAUCUUAUUAUACAUUAUUUUAUUUAUUAUACAAUAUUAUUAUUUGGGCUGUGGCAUAAAGCAACCACCAACCAAUCAAUAUAUUUUAUUAAGGCCGUUUUUUUCCUAACAUUUUACAAUCCAACAUGGCAGAGGACCCCAGAUCUACCUUGAGCCAAUUAUUUUGCAUAUAAAAGUAAUUUAUCAUUGUAAAAUUACUUGUAUUACUUAAUAACAAAUAGGAAUUUACUUAUAAAUAAUAUGCUUUUCAUUGGCAGGAGUCAUUCCCAAGGUCUCUGGACAUUGGGUAAAGGCCAGUUAAAAUUGGUUUGGUCCAGUUAAGUGUUAUGCUUUACUGGGCCUAAUGAACAGUAAAAUUUUAAAUUUUGUUCAAAUCAUAUAUGUAAAUGUCCUGUUAAAAAGAGUCUGGUCAAGUUAAGAAGAAUGGUUUACUGGACCAAAUGUCCAGUUGAUUUCUCAACGCCUUAAUUGGGAACCACUGUGGUAGGAGAUGUAGACAAAGACAAUUCAGUCUUAUUAUCCCAAUAUUAGUACUUUUAUCCAACUAUUUAUCCUCAAUAUAUGCUGAUCAGACAGUUAUGAUGAAGAUUUACCCAACUGAAAUGUAAAAAUGAUGUAGAUUGCUAACCAGAGCUGAAUUGCUAUUUUACCUUCAUGUAUUAUGAACUUAAGCCAUAAAAUAUUUGACUUUGAUAAAAAAUUCUGUUAUCAGUUUUGUAGUUUUAAAAAUAAAAAAAAAUAAAUCAUAUUAAAUAAUUAACUAAAUUAAUUUCACAAACAAUUGUACUUGUUCUAGUCAAAUGCAUUUAUGUGUAAAUCCUAGCAAAGGAAUUGACUUAAAAAGGCUAUUUUUGUUUAUCUGUUUAUUUUUAUUUUUGGACCAGGUUGUUUUAUAUUGUUUUGCAGUUUUAAGAUGUCUUAUUUUUGAUUUUUAUUUGAUAUAUUUGUAGUAUAUUGCAAUUAUUUACAUGUAUUUAAUAAAUAUUUGUAUUUCA